AUGGCCGUGGAGAAGCGCCUGGCAUUCUCUAUUGUGCAGUUCCUACGAGAUCAAACACAUUGUGGCACUUUGAAUUCAGAUGAGCAGGAGAGCCUCGAAGUUGCAAUACAGUGUUUGGAGACCACCUUUAAGAUCAGCUCCAGUGACUGCCAUCUUGCUGUGCCUCAGCCUCUGACAGAGAUAUUCCUUAAUAACCUGCUCAAGAAUGACAUCAUUAGCAAACCAGAGACUUCCCCAUCUCCAGAAGACAUUGAACGAGCAGAGCAACUUAAGAAUGAAGGGAACAAUCACAUGAAGGAGGAGAACUACAGAUGUGCAGUGGAGUGCUACACAAAAGCCAUUGAUCUGGACUUAAGAAAUGCUGUGUACUACUGCAAUAGGGCUGCAGCUCACAGUAAACUGGGAAAUUACACAGAGGCAACUGGUGACUGCGAGAGAGCCAUUGGGAUUGAUCCUACCUACAGUAAAGCGUACGGGAGGAUGGGAUUGGCUUUGACAGCAAUGAACAAGUAUCCAGAGGCAAUUACCUAUUUCAAGAAAGCUUUGGUAUUAGACCCUGAGAAUGACACCUACAAAUCCAACCUGAAGAUUGCAGAGCAGAAGCAGAAAGAAGCAACCAGCCCAAUAGCUGCUGGAUUGGGUUUUGACAUGGCCAGUUUAAUCAACAACCCUGCCUUCAUCAGCAUGGCUGCAAGUGUGAUGCAGAACCAACAAGUACAACAGCUUAUGUCAGGAAUGAUGUCUAAUGCAGUCGGGGGUCCUGCGGCGGGUGUGGGUGGACUGUCAGACAUUUCCAGCUUGAUUGAAGCAGGACAGCAGUUCGCCCAGCAGAUCCAGCAGCAGAACCCAGAGCUGAUCGAGCAGUUAAGGAACCACAUCCGGAGCCGCUCCUUCAGUGGCAGCGCUGAGGAGCACUCAUGAUCCACUCAGCCUCACGGUUUUUUCCAAGGAAGGGCAACCAUAUGGCGCGAUAACAAUCUCUACAACACCCAUUUCUUAAUGUCAAAUCCCCGGCAAAGCUGGAAUGAAAGACAAGGAUGGGACUGAAGGCACUUUACUGUGACUAACGGCUCUGGAGUGGAGAGAGACGGAGGAGGCCUGGAGACUGGACCAUGAAAUGAAGUACCCCACACAUCUAGG